AUGGAUAACUCAAAAAGAUUAAUUGUUUAAUAAAUAAAUUGUUCAGUAACUCAAGUCCCUCUCUCUGCAAUCUCUCCAACAUUCGAACUUGAACUCGAUUCGUAAGGGGUUGUUUUUCAGCGAAGAUCCUCUUCAAAGACUUUCCCAAUUCGAUUCAAUUCGAUUCUGGUCAAUUUGAUUUGUCUGCAAGUGUUUCUGAUUAGUCUCAGAAACCCUUUUUGGGACUUCGAUGUGAGAUUACUUCAGGCAAGCCAUGUUCUGAACUCUAAUGGCGGCAGUGACUCUAUCCUUCGUGCAACCAUGCGGCAUGUGUUUUGCUGGUAGACGAUUGAGAAAUGUGAUUGUAAUCGAAGCCCAGAGAGGAAGCUGGAAGAGAAUGAGGUUGAGUAAUUUCUUCUUUUCCCAAGUGUGGAAGGUAUCUUAUCGAUCAAAGCAUAAAUUUCCUGACAAUCUUCUGGAACGAGUUGAGAAGUCUGCCACUGCUAGGCUCGAAAAUCAGUCAAAGUUGAUAACUAAGGUUGCAGCUUUAAUGGAGUAUGAUAAUGUUGAUGAUGUAUUUGAUAAGAAAUCUGAUGAGAAAGUUAAGGAAGAACUUGAAUUAGCGUGUAAGAGGUUCCCUGCAAUCACUCUUGGCUAUUCUCCUCCGGUAGAGUUAUACAGCAAGAGCAAAUCUUCCAAGGAAACAAAUAGCAUUCUCAAAACACCAACUGAGAACAGUUUUCUUCCCACUCCCAUGCAUUUAGGAUGGCUUGAUCCCGACAGUAUUUCAGGAACAUUAUCUUCCUUCUGUCCAGAGGUUCUGAAUGUUGAUUCUUCCAAUCUCGGUGAAGAAAUUUCAGAUGGUUCUUCUUUUACGGUCCAAACUUUAACUUCUGAAGUUGAAACAACCGCAGAUGAUUCUGCCGCUCAGCUUUUCCUUAGCGGUACUAUAGGUUCUGUGCCUGGGUUAAGUAAGAGGCACAGUUAUCAGCUGGACAAUUGUGGCUUUCACACGAUGAGGAAACUAUUGCAUCAUUUUCCUCGAACUUAUGUAGAUUUUCAGAAUGCACAUCUUGAUAUUGAGGAUGGACAGUAUUUGAUCUUUGUUGGGAAAAGUCCUGUCUUCCAAGGGGAAUUUUCAUUUCUUGAGGUUAUUGUCAGCUGUGAAGUUACAGGCAAAGACAGAACUCCGGAGAAUAUGAGUUAUAGUGCUGAUGAUAAAGGAGGAAAAACUUUUUUUUUGCAUCUGAAGAGAUUCUUCCGUGGUGCUCGCUUUACAUGGCAACCAUUUCUUAAUAGUAUACAAGAGAAACAUAGACCUGGGGACCUUGUAUGCGUUAGCGGGAAGGUGAAGGCGCUGCGUGCGGAAAAUCAUUUUGAAAUGAAGGAAUACAAUAUUGAUGUACUCAGAGAUGAAGAUGAGUCAUCUCUUCAAGCUCAGGAGAGACCAUAUCCUGUUUACCCGUCAAAAGGAGGGUUGACCCCGAAGUUCCUUAGCGAUGUCAUCUCCAGGAUUCUGAGGGUUCUCCCUGCCAACAUGGAUCCGCUUCCCAAGGAAAUAACUACAACGUUUGGCUUACCAUCUCUUCAUGAUGCCUAUACUGGUAUUCACGAGCCCAAGAAUUUAGAUGAGGCUGAUUUAGCUCGCAAAAGGCUUAUAUUCGACGAAUUCUUUUACCUACAGUUGGCACGCCUGUACCAAAUGCUUCAAGGUCUUGGCACAAAAUUAGAGAAAGAUGUAUUGCUGGAAAAGUUUAAAAAUCCAGUGCUCAAUUCCGCUUAUAUAGAAGACUGGUCUCAUCUCACCAAGUGUUUUCUGAAUGCUCUACCAUAUUCCCUUACUCCCAGCCAGCUAAGUGCUAUCUCAGAAAUAAUAUGGGAUCUAAAGCGUCCGAUUCCAAUGAAUCGGCUUUUACAGGGUGAUGUUGGAUGUGGAAAAACAGUCGUAGCUUUCUUGGCGUGCAUGGAGGUCGUAGGAUCUGGUUACCAGGCAGCUUUCAUGGCCCCCACAGAAUUACUUGCGAUCCAGCACUAUGAACAGUUACGUGAUCUGCUGGAGAAGAUGGAGGGGGUAUCAUCCAAGCCAACCAUUGGAUUGCUCACAGGCUCAACACCGACAAAACAAUCAAGAAUGAUUCGCCAGGAUCUUCAAAGUGGAGCUAUAUCGAUUGUAAUUGGAACUCACAGUCUGAUAGCUGAAAAGAUAGAGUACUCAGCAUUACGUAUUGCCGUGGUUGACGAGCAGCAACGGUUUGGUGUAAUCCAAAGAGGAAAAUUUAACAGCAAGUUAUAUGGGACAUCUAUAAUCUCAAAAACCGGCUCAUCUAACUCUGAUGAUACUUCCAAAGCUGAUCUCAAUAUGGCUCCUCAUGUUCUUGCAAUGUCAGCCACCCCAAUCCCGAGAUCACUUGCCCUCGCUUUAUACGGAGAUAUUUCUUUGACUCAAAUUACUGGCAUGCCACUUGGGAGAAUACCAGUUGAGACGCACAUUUUCGAGGGAAAUGAGUCUGGCUUCAAAGAAGUCUACUCGAUGAUGCUGAAAGACCUGAACUCUGGAGGAAGAGUAUACCUUGUGUAUCCCGUUAUUGACCAAUCAGAGCAACUGCCACAGCUCCGUGCUGCCUCUGCUGAGCUCGAAACAAUAUCCAAAAAGUUUCCAAAUUACAGCUGCGGACUAUUACACGGAAGGAUGAAGAGUGACGACAAAGAAGAGGCUCUAAGAAAAUUCAGAAGCGGAGAGACACAGAUACUUCUCUCCACUCAGGUGAUAGAGAUAGGUGUUGAUGUUCCAGACGCUUCAAUGAUGGUCGUCAUGAAUGCUGAAAGGUUUGGAAUCGCUCAGUUACACCAACUCCGAGGACGCGUUGGCCGUGGAACCAGAAAAUCGAAAUGCUUACUAAUUGGUUCAACUGCCAAUAGCCUAAAACGGUUGAAGAUGUUGGGGAAAUCAUCAGAUGGGUUUUACUUGGCAAACAUAGACCUUCUUCUACGUGGACCUGGUGAUUUGCUUGGGAAGAAACAGUCUGGGCACUUACCAGAGUUCCCGGUCGCUAGGCUUGAGAUGGACGGCAAUAUGUUGCAGGAAGCCCACAUCGCCGCUUUGAAAGUUCUAGGAGAUUCUCACGACCUGGAGAAGUUUCCAGCGCUGAAAGCUGAGCUUAGCAUGAGACAGCCACUUUGUCUACUGGGGGACUAAAAGGUUACACAUGCCGAUGUACAUACCAUUUUUUCCUGUUUCAUACUCGGUAUUACGAAUUCUGUUUUGGUAUUUCGGGACUAUGACAUGACACAACAUGUUGUUAGUAGUGUAGUUUUUUUGGGGUCAAUAUCAGAUUGUCCCUGUAUGCCCAUAGUAGCUUUAAGAUGAAUACUUGGAGCUGAUGAUAUGCCAAGUAGAGUUUUGUGGUCUUAAUUUGAAUAGUACUUGAGCUAAUGGAAUCUAUAAAAGUAUAUAAAU